AUGGCUUCAAGCUCAGCAUCUGGAUCUAGGAGUAGUGUCGUAUGGACUCUCAUGGAAAGAUCUUUUGAUCGAAAGAAAGCAACAUGUAAAGUUUGCCGGGCUACGUUUAGCCAUCAAGGGAGCACAACAACAAUCCUAAAACACCUCCAGAGAGCCCACCCUACAGAGCUUGAGCAAGCAAGGACUGAGAAAGACCAAGAGCACAGAGAGUCCAGUUCUGCCCCAGCAACCUCAUCAAGACUAACUCAGAUGUCUGUUUUACAGUCCCUUGAGAAGUCCAAGCCAUAUGACCCUCAUGGACAGAAGAAAAGAGCACUGGAUACCCUACUGAUGGAAAUGAUAGCCGCUGAUCUCCAGCCUUUCUCCAUUGUUGAGGAUAGGGGGUUUCUUCGAUUUGUGAAAGGUCUGGACCCAAAAUACAGUCUUCCAAGUCGACGGACACUCACAAGGAGCCUCCUCCCUCAGCUGUAUAUCGACGAGCAGGCGAAGGUGAUGCAUCUUCUGAUGGACACGAACUUUGUUUGUCUAACCACGGACCACUGGUCAUCCCGACGUAUACAGGGCUUCCUGACCGUGACAGCCCAUUUCGUCACAAGCGACUGGGAGCUCCAAGCCUGUGUCCUAGAUACAGUCAGGAUUGCCACCUCCCUCACAGCACAAACCAUCGCAGGUGCUUUGACUGAGGUGAUGGACAGAUGGAAGAUAACGGACAAGGUCUUUGCUGUCAUCACAGACAACGCUGCAAAUAUGAAACUGGCUGUGGAUCUUCUGGGUGUCAGGCAUGGACCUUGUUUUGCUCCCCUCCUGAACCUUGUUGUCUCUGAUGCCCUCAAAUCCCCUCAAGCAGGCAUUGAAGAAGUCAAGAAAAAAGUUAAAAUCAUCGUUGCUCACUUCAAACACAGCGUGAAGGCUAGUGACAACCUGGAGCGAUUACAACGGAGCGCACCUGGAGCUGCUGGUCCAUCUUCGUCUUCUGAACCAUUGCGGCUGAUUCAAGAAGUGGACACAAGAUGGAACAGCACCUUCUAUAUGUUUCAGAGGUUUCUCCAUCUCUACCAGUUUGUUAAAGCUGCACUUCUAGAGGAGGACAAACCAGAAAAAUUCCUGACAGAGGAGGAACUCAAUAAAGUAAAAGAAGCCAUCACCGUCCUCGAACCAUUUGAACUGACCACUAGGGAAAUGAGCUCUGAGAAAUAUCCAACUGCUUCAAAGAUCAUUCCUUUAGUUGACAAUCUGGAAAAGAUCAUGAGACAAACCAAAGGUGAUCUGGCGGCUCAGCUGAGAUCUGGGAUACUAUCAAGAUUCGCCGGUGCAGAAGAGCGCUUCUUAUGGGCAGCAGCGACAUUCAUUGACUCUAGGUUCAAGAAGCAUGGCUUCCGCAACCCUGACAACGCGCAAGUGCUACUCAAGUUGAACCUCUUCACCGAUGCUUACAAAGGCAUUGGAGUUGCUUACAAGCUACAACUAACCCUGCAUGUGUCACAGGGUGCAUGCGAACGGUCGUUUUCUGCCCUGAAGGGAAUCAAAACCUAUCACCGAAGCACAAUGACACCAGAUUAUCUUGAGGCAUUUAUGCUGGUGUCAGUGGAAAAGGAGAUCUUGACCAAACUGGACAAUGAAGACAUCAUUGAUGCUGUGGCCGCAGGCUUCUACUCUCUUAGGAAUGCUCCGGGAUGA